GCAGCCACCGCUCGGCCCGGGCGCAGCGCGCAGGCGGUGGCGAAGAGACGCCGAGCGGGCCGAGUGCGGCCGAGCAGAGCCGGAGCCGGAGCGGGGCCGCAGGAGCCGGGCCGGGUGUGGACCGGCCGAGAUGCCCUAUAAACUGAAGAAGGAUAAGCAGGAACCUCCCAAGCUUGCCAAAGGCACAGCCAAGCCCAGCAGCUCGAGCAAAGAUGGUGGAGGAGAGAACACAGAUGAGGCCCCGCCCCAGCCUCAGACUCAACCACCAUCAUCCAACAAGCGUCCCAGCAACAGCACACCACCCCCAACCCAGCUCAGCAAAAUCAAGUACUCAGGGGGACCCCAGAUUGUCAAGAAAGAGCGACGGCAAAGCUCCUCCCGCUUCAACCUCAGCAAGAACAGGGAGCUACAAAAGCUUCCUGCCUUGAAGGACUCGCCAACCCAGGAGCGUGAGGAACUCUUCAUACAGAAGCUACGCCAGUGCUGCGUCCUCUUCGACUUUGUGUCAGACCCACUCAGUGACCUCAAGUUCAAAGAGGUGAAGCGGGCAGGACUCAAUGAGAUGGUGGAGUAUAUCACCCACAGCCGUGACGUUGUCACUGAGGCCAUCUACCCCGAGGCUGUCACCAUGUUUUCAGUGAAUCUCUUCCGGACGCUGCCACCUUCAUCGAAUCCCACAGGAGCCGAGUUUGACCCUGAGGAAGAUGAGCCUACCUUGGAAGCUGCCUGGCCACAUCUCCAGCUCGUUUAUGAGUUUUUCUUACGUUUCUUGGAGUCUCCAGAUUUCCAGCCAAACAUAGCCAAGAAGUACAUCGACCAGAAGUUUGUACUUGCUCUCCUGGACCUAUUUGAUAGUGAGGACCCCAGAGAGCGGGAUUUUCUUAAGACCAUUUUACAUCGCAUCUAUGGCAAGUUUUUGGGGCUCCGGGCAUAUAUUCGUAGGCAGAUCAACCACAUCUUCUACAGGUUCAUUUAUGAGACUGAACAUCACAAUGGGAUUGCCGAGCUCCUGGAGAUCCUUGGCAGCAUCAUCAAUGGCUUCGCCUUGCCCCUUAAGGAAGAGCACAAGAUGUUUCUCAUCCGUGUCCUGCUUCCACUCCACAAGGUCAAGUCCCUGAGUGUGUACCACCCUCAGUUGGCAUACUGUGUGGUACAGUUCCUGGAGAAGGAGAGCAGUCUCACUGAGCCGGUGAUUGUGGGACUUCUCAAAUUUUGGCCUAAGACCCACAGCCCCAAGGAAGUGAUGUUUCUGAAUGAGCUAGAGGAGAUUCUGGAUGUCAUUGAACCCUCGGAGUUCAGCAAAGUGAUGGAACCCCUCUUCCGCCAGCUUGCCAAGUGUGUCUCCAGCCCCCAUUUCCAGGUGGCGGAGCGUGCGCUCUACUACUGGAAUAAUGAGUACAUCAUGAGCCUGAUCAGUGACAAUGCUGCCCGAGUCCUCCCUAUCAUGUUUCCUGCACUCUAUAGGAACUCCAAAAGCCACUGGAACAAGACAAUCCAUGGACUCAUCUAUAAUGCCCUGAAGCUCUUCAUGGAGAUGAACCAGAAGCUGUUUGAUGACUGCACACAACAGUACAAGGCAGAGAAGCAGAAGGGCCGGUUCCGAGUGAAGGAAAGAGAGGAGAUGUGGCAGAAGAUCGAGGAGCUGGCUCGGCUCAAUCCCCAGUACCCUAUGUUUCGAGCUCCUCCGCCGCUGCCCCCUGUGUACUCCAUGGAGACAGAGACCCCCACAGCAGAGGACAUCCAGCUUCUGAAGAGGACAGUGGAGACAGAGGCAGUGCAGAUGCUGAAGGACAUCAAGAAGGAGAAAGUGCUGCUUCGGAGGAAGUCCGAGCUGCCACAGGAUGUGUACACCAUCAAGGCACUAGAGGCGCACAAGCGGGCAGAAGAGUUCCUAACUGCCAGCCAGGAGGCUCUCUGACCCCUCCCUCCCCAGGGUGACAGCCCACCCAGCCCCUCCCUUCCACAGGGUGACAGCCCACCCAGCCCUUCCCUUCCCCAGGGCGACAGCCCACCCAGCCCUGGGACGCAGCCCGCCCUCACCCUCUGCUCCUUACUGGCUGACCUGGGGCAAAACAGCACCUCUCUGGCUACUCUAGAGGAUGCAGGCACUGAAGCAGGGAUGCCCAGGGCGCUCCCUCUUCUCCCCUAAAUGUGUUCAUGCCUCCCUGUGGCUAGUACAGACAGGCUGAGCACUGAGUGCUCAGUGCUUAGACAACCUGGGGGUGCCUGUCCCCCUGCCCUCCCAGCUACCUGAAACUGUUGUGAGAAACACACACACAGGGGUCACAUGCCCCUCCCUCCCCUUCAUCCUCAUCCAAACUUGAGGUGUCUGUCCUCUCCCCUGCAGGGUAAAGCAGGAGAUUGUUACAUCAAGUUCCAUUGGCCCCUGGAGUGAAGAGCUGGAGAACCAGCCCCCAGUAGCACAAAUAGGCCCCAGCAUUAUGCAGGCAAGGGCUGGUGGUGUAUUCCUUUCAUCCUCAACCUAGCCAGGACAACACAGAGGUCAAAAAAGUAUGUUAUGGACACUAGAUGAAUAUGGCCAGUGGACCAAGGUGGGGAGAAUGGACCAUCUACCUGGCCCUCAAUGGCAUGCAGCAGUCCUGGGAUCACAAACAUGGAAGGGACCACCCUGUGGCUGACUGCUUUCCUGUGCUGGUGGUUCCCAUAGCUACAGAGAAGGAAGCAGGAGCAGUGCCCCAGCAUGGCUCCUGCAGCACCUAUUUAUUUCCUGUUUAUGCGGAUGCUGGGCAGGCCGUCACCUGUACCCUUUGGGCACUCAGAAAAGCAAGGACCGGGAGGGCUGGGCCAGGUUUCAGGUACACAGGCAGUGCAGCUUCUGGCUGUGUACAUAGGGUGCUUUAUUCUCCACAGAGUGAUACGUGCUAAGGUGGGUUGGGCUUGGGCCGGUGUCCCCAUAUGUACAGAACAGAAUAAAGUGGGUCUCUGAGA